CCACCUCCUUGUGCCGCCGGUAGCUCGCCUCCUUGUCUUGCCGCCUGAGCGAUGGCCACAAUCAUGGAGGAGAUCCCGUACGUCGACAAGAAGGCCGAGAAGACCUCGCCGGGAGACAGUCUCUCGGAAGAGAAGAAGAGUCUGCCGGACGUUGAGAAGGUCAGGGCAGUCUCCAGCGACGAGGAGCUGGAUAGUCUGGCGACGAAAGGAGACGACGAUGAUCCAGCCUACAAUGUCCUCCCGCAGAUCGUGCGCGAGAUCUGUGAUUUUGAGGACGACACGACGAUGCCCGUGCUCACCUUCCGCUUCUACCUCAUCUCCGCCAUAUUCACCGCUCUCGGCGCCUGGCUCACGCAGAUGGGCUUCUUCCGCACGACAUACAUUCCGUACUCCAUCUACUUCGUGCAGAUCGCUUCGCUGUAUGUCGGUCGGUUCUUGGCGCGCGUCCUUCCGAACAAGCGCGUCGGCUACGGGCGGUUCGCCUUCGAGCUCAACCCGGGCGAGUUCACGAUUAAGGAGCAUGUCGCCGUUGUCCUCGCCGCCAACACCGGAGCCACCAACAACCUCGGCGACUACGUACUCGCCCCGCUCCAGGUCUUCUACGAGAAGCCUAUGAACGGCUGGCUGGCGAUCCUGUUCAUGUGGUCGGCCGUGUUCAUCGGGUUCUCGUUCGCGUCGUUCGCGAGAGUGUUCUUGAUUGAGAAUCCGUCGAUUCCGUUCCCCUUGACCCUCCAGCAAGCAGCGGUCUUCAAGGCCAUGCGAUCCUCAGUCAUUGGUGACUCGGCCACUUCGAAGAGGCAGAUGCGCGUCUUCUGGUACACCAUCCUGAUCUUCUUCUGCUGGCAGUUCCUGCCCGAGUACGCUUUCCCGUUCACUUCGUCUCUCGCCCUGCUAUGCUGGUUCAGCAUGAACCCCACGACGCAGUUCUUAGGGUCCGGUCUCGGCGGCGCGGGUAUCCUCAACAUCACGCUCGACUGGUCAAACAUUGGCUCGACGAUGAUCUACUAUCCGUACUGGGCACAACUUAACUUCCUCGCCGCAUGCGUUGUCACCGCCUGGAUUCUUGUCCCCAUUGGCUUUAUCAACGGUAUCUGGGGCUCGGAUAAGUACCCCAUCCAGACGCAGACACUGUAUCUGCGUAAUGGGUCGACGUACCCGACUCGUGAGCUUUUGAUCAAUGACAGCGAUCUCAACGAGGUGCUUUUCGACGAGAUCGGGCCACCGAUGAUGUCCGCUCAGUUACGCUGGGAGUACUUCUUCUCCUACGUCGCCUACAUCGGAUCGUUUGGCCCCGCCCUCUGGCGCUCGUACAAGCAGCAGUGGCAGGGCGGCCGCGUACACAACGACAAGCUCACGCAGCUCGCGCGGCAGUACCCGCAGGUGCCCCUUUGGUGGAAUUUGGCGCUGUUCGGCGUCUCCUUCGCCGUCCUCAUCGUCCUCACCGCCACGGGCGUCCUGUACAUGCCGAUCUACAUGCUGUUCAUCGGCCUCGCCAUCGGCGCGCUUAUCGUCUUGCCCAUGGGCUUCAUCUACGCGGUCUCGGGGUACCAGAUGCAGGUUGGGUACUUCAAUGAGCUGUUCUAUGGGUAUGCAAUCGACGCGGGUGGUACACGCCAUCCUAUUGGUUCGCUCUCGUAUCGGGUUAUUAGCGGGCAGUGCUGGUACGAGGCGCAGAGUAUGCUUUCGGACAUGAAGCUCGGGCAUUUCUUCCACAUUCCGCCGCGCGCGACGCUCACGGCGCAGAUUUGGGGUAUCAUUGUAGGCGUGCCGGUCAACUACGCAACGAUUCUUUGGGUCUGCAAUACCAAGGGCGGUAUCCUGACCGGCGCCAUGACCGACCCGAACCACCAGUGGACGGGUCAGACGGUCAUCUCGCUAUACAAUCAGAGCAUCUGCUUCGCGCUCAUAGGUCCGCGCCGUCUGUUCAACGACCCCGUCUACACGCCUAUGCUCUAUGGGUUCCUCGUCGGCGCGGUCGUACCCUGCAUCCUCUACCUGCUCCACCGCUGGAAGCCGAAGGCGCGCUUCGACCUGUGGAGCGUGCCCAUCUUCGGCGACAGAUGCGAGCACUUCUGGGGCAACAUCUCGAACUCGUUCUUCACCUGGUUUAUCCUCGGCACGCUCAACCACCUCUACUUCAAGCGCUACCGAUACAACUUCUGGAAGAAAUACGCGUACCUUUGGGGCGCGGCCGCAGACACGGGCUACAACUUCAACAUGCUCAUCAUCUUCAUCGCGUUCAGCGCGGCGAAGACGGUCACGAUGCCCAACUGGUGGGGCAACAACGCGAAGUCCGUCGAGCGGUGCUUCCACGUACCGGAGGAUGGGAUGCAUAUGGUGCAGUAGGAUUUUUACGAUUAUGGAUAUAUAAGGAGUGACCAAUGACUUCACGACCUGGCACUAUAUACGGUUUUUGCGCGUAGACUUGUAGUUUCUGUAUCAUAGGAGAAGUAAACAAAGGGGGAUUACGGUGAAUAUUAGCCUCUAUAUCAAUAGGUCGUGAGACA